AUGUCGCAUCCAUAUCCCAAUACAUUGACGAUGAACCAGUUUGAGACGUUGAAUUUCACUCGCAGCUUCCGUUAUAAAUCAACAAUUCCAAGACGGGGGGUAAUGGGGUGGGGAAGGUUUCUGCACUGGAUGCGUGGUCUAUUCUGGUUACUGGCGAAAACUGUCGGAAAUGUGGGCAUUGUUGAGAUUCAAGUUGGCGUAGAUGGUCGGGUCAGAGUUGGUGGAUAA